AUAGGGAAGAAUGGAAGAGAGAGAGAGAAAUUGGUUUGGGGCUUCUUUGGAUGAGGAAUUUAAUCUGCUUUCUCGUGAUUGAAUCGGGCUUUUGGUGGGUAUCAGUUGCAAUCUUGUAUAGAUGCUCAUCAGCACAUCUUGUUGCUGACUUUAAGUCAGUUUUCCUUUCUUGAUUCCCUCGAAUUAACAAGUCUUUUGCAAGUUUUACUUGCUAAUUCUGCAUGGACUUCAUUAUCGUUGGCACUAAGUUGGAGAUGGUGCGUGCUAACUUAUUGCAGCCUAGGCAUUAUGUAUACAGUAAUUUAGCUAUCCCUGACUAGCUGAGGUGAGGUCUAAGAUUAUUUUUCAGUGCCGAAUGAUCUUGCUUUCGCCUGGUAACAUUGUGGAAUUAGAUUAGUUCAGAAAGGCACAAGGAAAAUGGAUUAAAUUUUAUGACUGGAGGAAGAAUCAUGCUACUAUCUGGAGAUAUUAUUGAGUUUCAAAAUUGCACAAGGGAAACAAGGGCAGAAGGUAGUGGAAGUAGGCUUUGACCUUAUUAGUUACUUCAAUGGGCUUGCCUCAAGUACAGUUAGAAGAGGCCGAUGAAGGUAGGAGAUUGGCAAAUGCAUUUGAGUCAACCCCACCUCACUGUAUUAGUUUUUGCAACUGCAAUUUGGAUGGAGUACAUGCAGAAAGCACAAAUUAUGAUGAUGUCGGAGAAUUUUCAUCUUCACCUAGCAAUAUUCGGAGGAAAUCCAUCUUGGAAGAUCCAGAAAAAACAAAUUGGAUGUUUGAAUACAAAAAUGCUAUCAUUGAAGCUGCAGACAUUCAAGGCUUGAAGAUCGAGUCCAAUGAUUCAAAUGAUAGGUUAUUACCUAAUAUCCGUCAUGUUGUCCAGAAACCUGCAUUUAGGGUGGUUGGCUUUGAAUCAAGCCAGUUGAGUUCCUCUGCUAGUGGGUUUGAGAAUGUGACUGUGGACCAAAGUCACCAUUCUUCUAUAAAUUUAAACAUUUCAAUCUAUUCCCAAGGAUCCCAACCACGCAAGCGGUUGUUGUCUCCUCUGAGCAGUGUGCUUAGGACACAAUUCCAUGGUGAUUUGCUAGAUAUUGAUUCUGUUGAUUCUCAAGCAUGUGAAUUUAUUAGGGAUUAUAGUCUCUUGCCCUCACAAGAUCUUACGAAAUUAAAUGUUGGGGUUUCUCAACUUAUUUCAGACUGUCCCUUCUCAAGAAAUUCUGAUCUUCCAAAUACUUCAGAUAGUAGUACAUCGAGGAGCAAUCUUUUCACUGAUGGACCUGUCCUUGACAAGGAACCUUUUUCUCAUUCUCAUCAUAUAUGGGAGGUUAAUCCUAGUAAUCAUAGGAAUAAGCUAAGACUUUCCACUGGUGCAUUAGCUAUUUCUCCAGAGAAGGUUAAUUCAACACCAAUUUCCUUAUCUCCUCUGGGUCCUAGAUUGUCUGAAAGAAUGAGAAUUAAGGAAGUACAAAGGCACAUAAAAAAGGGCAUGGAAAGUAACUUCUUCGAUUCAAAGGCUAUUCAAGGAUCAAAUUGUGUAAAUGAAACCAAAAUAAUGUUCCCACAUGAAGAGAUUGGUUCUAAGAUGCACAAUAUAUUUGAGAAACCUAGUAUAUUGCAUGAUGAAAUGGAUACAUUUUCUCCUGUUUGCAGGGGCCAUAAGAGCUUAGAUGAUGAUCCACAGUCCAUUCUUGUAACCCACUGCACGAAUCAUGUUAGAGGCUCAACUGUGCCUCAUUUGAGGAGGUCUUUGGUUGGGUCAUUUGAAGAGUCUCUCUUAUCUGGUCGAUUCUCAUCUGGAAAAGUCUGUCAGGCCUUUGAUGGUUUUCUGGCUGUGCUAAAUGUAACUGGUGGUACCUUUUCACCAAAGUCUCAGAAACUUCCUUUCUCAGUGACCAGUGUUGAUGAUAUAUCAUUAUUGUACUAUGCAUCAAUUGAUAUUGCUGGCACCUUGUCAUCUAAUAAGGGUAGAGGCCCAAAAUUGACUAGAAGUUUGAGCAAUGACUCUGGAGUUGUCAAAAGUCGGUUGCGCAUUCCGAUGAAAGGCUGCUUACAACUGCUUCUUAGCAAUCCUGAGAUGACCCCACUGCACACGUUUUUAUGCAAUUAUGAUUUGAGUGACAUGCCGCCAAAUACAAAGACCUUCUUACGCCAGAAGGCUACUCUGGCAUCUCAUGGAUCCCCAAAUAACUCAGCGAAAGGUAUUGAGGAACAAGACUCAAAAGUUGCUUCUACAACUGAACUGAAAUCCAAUGACAAUAGCCAGAGAGAGUGUUACGGUUGCAGGAGCAAAGAUGAUAUUGAUAGUUACGACCCAACUGCUAAUCCACCAGAAGGAAGAAAAAACUCACAGCUUUUCCCCCCAGAUGACCGUCGUGGAUUUCCAAAUGAUUUUAGUUAUACUAUAAAUCCUAGAACAGCUGAAGAUGAUAGCUCUAAGAUAGAUCUUUGCCCCCUAGCUAGCAAAAAGUCUGUUCAUAUCUCUUCAAAGAUCAACGAUAACUCCGCUGGUGCUCUCCGUUACGCGCUUCAUCUGCGGUUUCUAUGCCCUGCUACUAAGAAAUCAACCAGGUCAUUGAACAGGUGCAAAUCUAACCCUGACUCUGUUCCCGAAACACAAGCUGACGCAAUGGAAGGGCGUCGUUUCUACUUGUACAAUGAUCUCCGGGUUGUGUUUCCACAACGGCACUCAGAUACAGAUGAGGGCAAGUUGCGGGUGGAGCACCACUUCCCUGCCGAUCCAAAGUACUUCGACUUGAGCAAUUGACUGGGGCACAGGGCUCAUUUGUGCCCCCACAAAUUUUCAUUUGAGCUUCGCCUUGUUACUUCAUCAAAGGCAAAGACUUCCGAAUCGUAAAACUGGAGGAACAAAUCGAAGAAUAUUUUGUCUACGCUCAUCAAUGUUCUUGACCUGUCGAUUUCAAAUUCUUCUAUAUUUCGGUUAGAUAUCAGU